AUGUCCUUAUCGGGACCCUUUCGCAUCAUCGAGCAUGUGGUUCCAUGCCAGCACAUUCGGGAUUAUCCUGGUGCUACGGCAAACGAACAAGAGGAUAUCCUGAAUUUGGCUGUGAGACAAUACAUCCCCUUGGAUAAUCCUCAUCCCCAGCCGGGGGAUGUCACUAUACUUGCGGCGCACGCGAAUGGCUUUCCGAAGGAGCUUUACGAACCCUUAUGGGAAGAAAUACAUGCUCAGUCAAAAGCGAAUGGGUUCCGGAUUCGGAGCAUUUGGAUGGCAGAUGUUGCGCACCAGGGACACAGCAGUGUGGUGAACGAAGACCUACUGGGAAAUGAUCCCAGCUGGUUUGACCAUCCGCGUGACCUCCUCCAACUUGUCAAUGUAAAGCGGAAAGAGAUGCCGCGCCCUAUCAUUGGUGUCGGACAUAGUAUGGGCGGUGCACACCUUGUCCAAUUGGCUAGUAUACACCCACGCCUAAUUCACAGUCUUAUCCUGCUCGACCCCGUCAUCCAACGACAAACAACCCAACUAGAUCCCGCCGACCUCGGGAAGCAGAAACUCGCUAUCGCCAAAACCACCCAACUCUCCACAUAUAGGCGCGACAAGUGGCCAUCCCGGAAGGCUGCCGCAGAAUCGUUCAAGAGAAACCCAUUCUAUCAAGCCUGGGACCCUCGCGUGCUAGAACGUUGGAUCCAAUACGGCCUCCGAGACCUUCCCACAUCUAUCUACCCCCUCAACGACCAAUCUCCCUCGAAUUCUUCAGAGGAAGACACAAACACUGAACAUCCUGUCACCCUGCGCACAACGCUUCACCAGGAAGUAUUCACCUUCUCACGACCCAACUACGACGGACCACCUGGGUUUGCCGUCCCUGUGAACAAAGUAACACACCCGGACCUCGACCCAGACAUUGUAGGAUCCUGGCCUUUCUAUCGGCCGGAGCCGUACCGAGUAUUCACCCAACUCCCGCACCUCCGUCCAAGCGUACUAUACAUCUUCGGUGGCCAGUCAGACAUGUCCUCGCCGACUAUGAUGGCGGAUAAAUUAAGUCAUACAGGAACCGGUCUCGGCGGGAGUGGCGGUGUACUGGCAGGGCGUGUCCAGGACGUGGUACUAAAGGAGAACGGGCACCUCGUUGCGCAGGAAGCGCCGGUUCAAUGUGCCGAGGAAACUAGCAAGUGGCUAGGGCCGGAACUGCAACGGUGGAAGGAAGAAGAGAAGUUAUUCAGGGACCAGUGGAACCGCAAAUCAAGGGUGGAGAAAAUGACGAUAGAUCCUCGCUGGAAGGAGCAUGUACCGGCUCCUGUGCGGCCCAAGAAGGACGCUUCGAAGUCGAAGCUGUGA